CUCUGGUUAUGUAAACACAAUUGAGAUUUCUCUAAGCAGCUCCUUUUCAUUUUCUUGUAUUAAGCUAAUUUUCUGAGCAGUCAAUGGCGCUGCUCUGCUUACUGCUUAUCCUGGGGUCAUUUUCUCUUUCCUCUUCAUACACUCAGGACGUCCCAGCCCCUCGCUAUAAUGUCAGUUUGGAUGAUCCCCCCGAGCAGCGCUGGGAGCCAGUACUGAAGCAUUACAACUACUCCCUCUUGAGAGAGAUUUUGGAUCAUUUCUUUAAUUCCGUUGUACCUAAAUGGGUACAUGCCAUCAUUAGGCCGUUGGCAGAGGUAGAGUUGGAACUUUACAUGAAUGAGCCAUAUGCUGGAGAGAUUCGAGGAAUGGCCAAGACAAUCGGUGUAAGCGUUGGAGAUGUUGUCCUUCUAAACCUCUGCUAUGAAGCUACUGCCUUUUGCACUAGCAUAAUAGCUGAAGAUACAAAUGGAAAUAUUUAUCAUGGUAGAAAUCUGGACUACUUCUUUCCAGACCUCUUGCGAAAAAUUACAAUGGAUCUGAAUUUUAUCAGGAAUCGCCAGAUUGCAUACACAGGAACCACAUUUUUGGGCUAUGUUGGACUCUGGACUGGUCAAAGCCCCUACAAAUUUACCUUAUCUGGUGAUGCAAGAGAGCGUGGAGGCGGUUGGUGGAAGAAUGCAAUUUCUGCUUUUUUGAAGAGAUAUUCAAUGGUCAGCUGGCUAAUGCGGGAUGUGCUGAGUGAUGCCACAGAUUUUGAGGCUGCUGCUUUACAGCUGUCCAAGACUCCAAUUAUUGCAGAAGUUUAUUACAUUAUGGCUGGCACACAGCCAAAUGAGGGGGUAGUUAUUACCAGAAACAGAGCAGGACCUGCUGAUAUUUGGCCUCUGGAUUCCUUAAGAGGAGAAUGGUUCCAUGUGGAGACAAAUUAUGAUCACUGGUUAGCUCCUCCUCCUUCAGAUGAUCGAAGAACACCUGCAAUCAAGGCAAUGAAUGAAACCGGACAGGCAAACAUCAAUGCUGACACUUUAUACAAGGUAUUGUCUGUAAAGCCAGUGUUAAAUAGCAUCACUGUAUAUACAACAGUAAUGAGUGCUGCAUUUCCUCAAAAUUACACAACUUGGAUAAGAGAAGUUUAAACAAGCAAAAGGGAUAAUGAAGCUGGUGAAGAUCCACUUAUUAAAGAACUAACCCAGGCAGUUGUGAACAAUACAGAUUUUUAAUAUAAAUUUCCUGAAAUUAUUUUUUCUAAUAAAUUAAAAAUCAACUACUU